AUGCACUCACCUCCUAGAGAACAGCCUGCCAUCAUGCUCUGGAAACUGGUUGAAAAUGUCAAGUACGAAGAUAUCUAUGAGGACCGGCAUGAUGGAGUGCCCAGCCACAGUUCCAGGCUGUCCCAGCUGGGAUCCGUCUCCCAGGGACCCUACUCCAGCGCUCCUCCGCUCUCUCACACCCCGUCCUCGGAUUUCCAGCCGCCUUAUUUCCCACCCCCCUACCAGCCUCUUCCUUACCACCAAAGCCAGGACCCUUACUCCCAUGUCAAUGACCCCUACUCCCUAAACCCCUUGCAUCAACCCCAGCAGCACCCCUGGGGACAGAGGCAGAGGCAAGAGGUUGGAUCAGACACCGGGUCACUGCUGCCACAGCCUCGGGCCGCCCUGCCCCAGCUCUCUGGACUGGACCCCAGGCGGGACUACCACUCGGUACGGCGACCAGAUGUCCUGCUGCACUCAGCUCACCAUGGCCUUGACUCCGGCAUGGGGGACAGCCUUUCCCUGCACGGCAUCGGGCACCCGGGGAUGGAGGAGGUCCAGUCAGUUGAAGAUGCCAAUAACAGCGGUAUGAACUUAUUGGACCAGUCUGUCAUUAAAAAAGUUCCAGUCCCUCCAAAAUCCGUUACUUCUUUGAUGAUGAAUAAAGAUGGCUUCCUGGGUGGAAUUUCGGUCAACACCGGAGAGGUGUUCUGCUCUGUCCCCGGCCGUUUGUCUUUGCUUAGUUCAACUUCCAAGUACAAAGUAACAGUGGGAGAAGUUCAAAGGCGCCUUUCUCCCCCCGAGUGUCUGAACGCAUCCCUGCUAGGAGGAGUGCUGAGAAGAGCCAAAUCGAAAAACGGGGGGAGAUCUUUGCGAGAAAGGCUAGAAAAAAUCGGUUUGAAUUUACCAGCCGGCAGGCGUAAGGCUGCAAAUGUCACUUUACUCACCUCCCUGGUGGAAGGUGAGGCCGUUCAUUUAGCCCGGGAUUUUGGGUACAUCUGUGAAACGGAAUUCCCAGCCAAGGCUGUUUCUGAAUACCUGAACAGACAGCACACAGACCCCAGCGACCUCCACUCCAGGAAAAACAUGCUGCUUGCUACAAAGCAACUUUGUAAAGAAUUUACAGAUCUCUUGGCCCAGGACAGGACACCCAUUGGAAACAGUCGACCCACCCCUAUUUUGGAACCAGGCAUUCAGAGCUGCUUGACUCACUUCAGUCUCAUCACUCACGGCUUUGGGGCUCCCGCUAUCUGCGCCGCCCUCACGGCCCUCCAAAACUACCUGACUGAAGCUCUCAAAGGCAUGGACAAGAUGUUCUUGAACAACAACACUGCUAACAGGCACACAUCUGGCGAAGGACCAGGUAGUAAAACCGGAGACAAGGAAGAGAAACACAGAAAAUGA